AUGAAAAUUCUGCUCCUCCUAACUUUCCUGCUUUUACUAAAUUUCAGCCAAAGUAUUGUUAUUACAGGGGCUUGUGAUCGGGAUGUGCAGUGCGGCCCAGGAUCCUGCUGUGCCGUCAGCCUGUGGCUGCGUGGACUGCGAAUGUGCACUCCGCAGGGACAGGAAGGAGAUAAGUGUCAUCCCUUCAGUCAUAAGGUUCCGUUCUCCGGGAAGCGGCAACACCACACCUGCCCGUGUCUGCCGUAUCUGUUCUGCUCCAGGUCUCUGGACGCCAGAUUUCGAUGCACGUCCCAGUUCAAACACAUGAAGUUCCAGUGA